AUGACCAUCGCCAAUAGCCCGAAGGAAGCCAUCUUCCCGACUGACCUGGGUCCUGAAUACGUUGGCUUCGAUCAUAUCCAUUGGUACGUUGGGAAUCCCAAGCAGGCGGCGUCAUACUAUAUCACACGCAUGGGAUUUGCGCCGAUUGCAUACCGUGGUCCUGAAACGGGGUCCCAGUUCUUGGCUAGCUAUGUGGUCGCCAAUGGCGCGGCAGUCUUUGUUCUUACUGGGCCGGUCUGUGAGCCCCCGGUGGAUGAAAAGAAUUAUGUGUCACAGCAUUCUACAGAAGAACAACGAGCGACGCUUGCCGCGGUACACGAACACUUGACCCGGCACGGUGACGGCGUCAAAGACGUCGCGUUCCGGGUUACAGGCAAGAUCGAGAACGUAUGGAAGCGAGCCAUUGAGAACGGCGCAUCUGCCAUUGCCGAGCCAGGGACAAGUUUGAUGGAUGGAAAUGGUCAGAUUACGACGGCCACGAUAGGGACCUACGGCGAUACGGUACAUUCGCUGGUCAAUCGGGAACAGUAUGAAUCAAAUGCGCCCUUCUUACCCGGAUACCGUACCAUCGAUGCCAACGAGGACCCUAUCAAUCAAAUCCUACCUGCGAUCGAAUUCAUUGAGAUAGAUCAUUGUGUUGGGAACCAGUCAUGGGGAGGCUUAGACCGAAUCGUCAAAUACUACGAAGACUGCCUCGACUUCCACCGCUACUGGACAGUCGACGACAAAGCAAUGUGCAGCGAAUACUCAGCCAUGCGCUCAAUAGUAGUAGCCUCUCCAAACGAAACAAUCAAAAUGCCUAUGAACGAGCCGGCAACAGGCAAGAAGAAAUCACAGAUAGAAGAGUACAUCUCCCCUCCCUUCACACCCCAGAAAGAAAUUAACAGCCCCAGAUUCGUCGAUUACUAUCAUGGCGCAGGUGUACAACACAUCGCCUUCCGCACACACGAUAUCGUCAACGCAGUAACGAACCUCAAAGCACGCGGUGUGCAAUUCCUCCAGGUCCCAUCGGCAUACUAUGAAGAUCUAAGGCAGCGAUUAUCACAAGUCUCAUUGACACUAGAUGCAGAUCUGGACGUGUUGGAAAGGUUGAAUAUACUUGUUGACUUUGAUGAGCGUGGGUAUCUACUGCAGAUCUUUGCGAAGCAUAUUGGGGAUCGGCCGACGGUUUUUGUGGAGGUGAUUCAGCGUAAUGACUUUGAUGGGUUCGGGGCGGGGAAUUUCAAGAGUCUUUUUGAGGCGUUUGAGAGGGCGCAGGCUCUUAGAGGGAAUUUGUGA